AGAACCUUUGCCGACCUCCGUAGACCAGACGAGGCAGUCCUCCCGGGCACAAAGAGCCAGAAUGCCUUUGGCGACGUGCCCCAGCCGCCAAAGCUCGGCGCCGAAACUCCCGCGUCGCCAAUUGAGGCCGCUCCCAUUGGCAUUCCUAGAGUCCCUCCUACCCCGGAGGCUGUCGGCGCUACCCCCCCUCCUCCACCUCCUGCCCCUCCCGCCUCUACAAAUGGUCCCAAGAUCGUAGCCGCCCCUGCACCCAAGCCUAAACGUCGCACUGGCCGCUUCCGACGCUUCUUGACCACCCUCUUCCUCCUGUCCUCUCUCGGUUUCGCCGGCGGUGUCUACUACUCGCUCAUCUCGGACAACUUCCACGACUUCUUUACUGAAUACGUACCCUUCGGCGAGGAUGCCGUCGCAUACUUCGAGGAGCGCGAGUUCCGCAAGCGUUUCCCCAGCCGCAAGCUCGAGGAUCGCCAUUACCCUCAGGUCCGCGGAGAGAACAAGGUGCAGAUUGGCAAGAGCAGUGGUUUGACAGCACAAGUUAGCGACGUUAGCUCAGACACCGACCGCCGCCAUGUGAGCGCAUUGGAGCCCUCGCGCCCUCUCCAGCAGCCCAAGGAGGCCACCCCUGCUGAGCGCACCGCCGCUGUCGAGCAAGCAACCCAGAAGCAACCCACAGCUUCCAAGCCCUCGACUCCCGCCCCUAAAGUUGUCCAGGCACCCACCUCCGCUGCUGCUCCUCUCGACCUCAUGAGCAUGCCCAACGCUGCCGAACCCGUCGUCCAGGAUGUCGUCAAGCUGCUGAACAACAUCAUUACCGUCAUCAACGCCGAUCCCGCUGCCGACAAGUACACAUCGACCAUGGCUGCCGCUAAGACCCAAGUCCAGAAGAUUGUCUCGGACAUUUCUACUCUCAAGGCUCAAGCCGAGAAGCAAACUGCCGACGAGAUCUCAAACGCCCACUCUCUGUUCGACAAUGCAGCCAAGGAGCUCGUUAGCCGUCUGCAGUCAGAGAUGCAAGAUCAGGAGGCCAAAUGGCGCGAGGAGUACGAGAGCGAGCGCGAGAAGCUGUCAAAGUCAUACCAGAACAAGCUCUCGACCGAGCUUGACGUUGUGCGCAAGGUUGCCGAGCAACGUGAACGGAACGCUCUGGUUGAGCAGGAGAUUGAGCUGCAGCGCCGCUUCGCAAAGAGCGUGCGUGACAGUGUCGAGAAGGAGCGUAACGGCCGCCUUGCUCGUCUUGACGAGCUGUCCAGCUCUGUUUCUGAGCUGGAGAAGCUUACCGGCGAAUGGAACAAGGUCGUCGACAGCAACUUGGCUACCCAGCACCUGCACGUCGCUCUCGAGUCUGUCCGCCAUGCCAUUUCCAAGCACGAUCACCCCACUCCCUUCGUCAACGAGCUUGCUGCCCUCAAGGAGAUUAGCAACAACAAUGACCUCGUCUCUGCUGCUGUCGCUAGCAUCCCUCCUACCGCAUACCAGCGUGGUGUCCCCAGCUCUGCUCACUUGAUUGACCGCUUCCGUCGCGUCGCUUCCGAAGUUCGCAAGGCUGCUCUUCUGCCCGAAGAUGCCGGUAUCGCUUCUCACGCCGCCUCCGCCGUCCUGUCUCGUUUCAUGUUCAACAAGCAGGGUGCCGGUAUGCCUGAGGGUGAUGAUGUUGAGGCCAUCUUGAGCCGCACUCAGGUCUUCCUCGAGGAGGGCGACAUUGAUGGUGCUGCUAGAGAGAUGAACUCGCUCGGAGGCUGGGCUGGUGUUCUGAGCAAGGACUGGGUCGCCGAGUGCAGAAGAGUACUGGAGACCAAGCAGGCUAUUGACGUUAUUGCUACCGAAGCCAGACUUCAAAGCCUUCUCGUCGAGUAG